AUGCAUCGCUGGUUCUUUGCGAACGAGCGCGAGGAGUGCCAGCCGCCGCCGGAGGAUUUGGCUGGGAAGGCGGCCGGCGACGAGGAGGCGGAAAAGCUGGUCAAGGAGAUCGUCUAUACGGAUUGGCCGUUUUGUGUGCGGAUCAAGAUGCCGCUGCAGGGCAACGAGCAUCUGGCGAUAAGCGGCAAUUGCGACGAGCUGGGCAACUGGGAUCCGAAGCAGGUGUAUAUCAUGGAUCCGGCGAAUUGCACCUGCACCGGACAGUGCAGCUGCCGCAAAUUCGAGGCGAGGGUGCGAAUACCGAGGAACAAGGAUAUCGAGUAUCGAUACUGCAUCGUUGGCUACGAUCCGCUGCUGGACGAUGUGCUCAUCCGUUUCUGGGAGGUGAUGCCGCAGCCGCGCGCGAUACGCAGCUGCCACAAUAUGCUGAAGCGAUGCGAACACUUUGGCAUGGAGCACGGACCACACGGCGGCGCACCCGAGCUGAAAGUGGAUCGCGGCUGGGCCACAACGGAGACCUUUGUCCAGUUCAAGAUCUUCAAUGCGCCCUUCGUCUGGCUGAAGCAGACGCCGCGCCUCAUCUACGUCUAUAUGCAGCCCAUGUACGAGACGGAGCCGCCCGACUGCAACGUGCGGCGUCUCGACUCGUUGCGUCUGACGACGGCGUCCGUGAUGCGGCGCCGUACCACGAUUCCGACCCGGCUGGACAUGCAGCUGGCGUACACGGAGGUGGCCAAUUUGCGGCAUUCGUGCAAGCUGCGCUAUCAGCCGUUCGCCGGAGCCUGCUGCGGCCCGGCGGAUCUGCAGCUCUUCCACUGCUCGCUGCGGCAUCCCCGGGAGACGAUCAUCCGGCUGGAUUUGUACACAUUUGCCUACAAGUGCGCCCUGGACGAGCCGCCGUAUCAUUAUGGCUACGGCUUUAUACAGCCGGAACAGCUCGUCGGCUCCGAGGGUCAGGUGCGCGUCAAGAUCAGCUGCGCGUCGACGCAUCGGCCGCUGAUCGAAAUGAAUCUCACGUAUUUGAUAAUACGUCCGCUCGAGUCCAUCAGCUGCGAUCUGAGCGUAACCUACGAGCGCUUCUGGCGCGAGGAGCACCUCGCCAUGGACAUCGGGCAUCGGGGCACGGGCACGACCUAUCGCCUCGGCGAGAAUCUGCACCGCGAGAAUACGCUGUACGGCUUUAGACGUGCCGCUCUACAUCACGCGGACAUGAUUGAGCUGGAUGUGCAUCUGACCCGGGACGCCCAGGUCGUGGUCUAUCACGACUUUGUGUUGAGAUUCGCCCUCGGCUCCGCUUGGGGCGUCGAUAAGGUCUCGGCAGAGCACGACGUCCUCGUCUUUCCGCACGAACAGCUCAGCCGCCUCCGGCUGCUGUCGAUGGGCGGGGCCAAGCGGGGCGAGCACAUUGUCGUGCCGCUGCAAUGCUUCAACUAUGACGAACUGCGUCUGGCCCAACCGCUGCGUUAUGCGUCGGACAGCGGCUGCUCCGGCGACUGCGAACGGCAUCUACAGUCGCAGCUGCCCUUUCCGCUGCUCAGCGAUGUCUUCGAUCCGGAGGUGGGCGAGCUGCCCGAACAUCUCGGCGUUAUCGUCGAGCUCAAGUGGCCGCAGCAGGACAGCAAAAGGCGCUGGGAGGGGCAGAGCUCGAGGCCAUGCUUUGAUCGCAACUUCUACGUGGACACCGUGCUCGAGGUCGUCUUCCGUCUGGCUGGCAAACGGCGCAUUGUCUUCGCCAGCUUCGAUGCGGACAUCUGCAUCAUGAUACGCUACAAGCAGAACCAUUAUCCCGUCACGCUGCUGCUUGUCGAUCCCGAGCAGCCCAUCCAGUUCCUGGAUCAGCGCGUCAACCGUCUCGAGUACGGCGCCUUUCUCGCCUACAUCAUGGAGUUCUUCGGCCUGAGCCUCCAUACGAACACGCUGCUGACACAGCCUCUGAUCCUCGGCCUCAUCCGGGAUCUGCGCAUGCAGUCGAUCACCUGGGGCACGGCCAACUCGGAUCUGCUCUACCGGGACAAGAUGAAGCGGUACGGCUGCGUCGGCGUCACCUACGAUCGCAUCGAUCAGCGGGAUCAGGCCGGGGAGGAGAUGCUCGGCUUUAUCUACUUUAUCGAUUCAUUGGACACUGAACACUGGACUCGUCAGACUCUGGACAUUCAGGACAUUCAGGAUAUUCAGGAUAAGCAGCAUCAGCAUCAGCAUCAGCAUCGCAUCGCACCCUGA